AUGUCUACCGGCAGUAAAAAGCGUUCAAAUACCGCUGCUGGAAAACGUCAGAAGAAUUUGGUCAAAAAACCCAGAAUUAGCAUUGUGCGCGAUGAGAAACCUAGUAUCACAAAAAUACCUGGAUUGGUUUUAACAUUUGGACAAGGGGAUGUAGGUCAACUUGGACUAGGAACAAGCAUAACGGAACGCGGAAAACCAAGUUUAGUUAAAACUUUAGAAAACAUUGUAGAUGUAUGUGCUGGUGGAAUGCAUACUGUUUGUUUAAGUAAAGAUGGAGUUGUUUAUACAUUUGGUUGCGACGACGAAGGUGCCUUAGGAAGAGAAGCUACUGAUGAAAAUUCCUUUGAACCUGGUCAGGUUUGCCUUCCAGGUUCUGCAGUUCAAAUAACAGCAGGUGAUUCCCACUCUGCUGCUCUUCUCGAUGAUGGUAGAGUUUUCGCAUGGGGAUCUUUUAGAGAUUCACAUGGGGCAAUGGGCUUGACUGUGCAAGGAAAAGAAAAAAGACCUAUUCAACUCUUACAAGAUAAAGUUAUAACAAAAAUCGCAUCUGGAGCAGAUCAUUUAGUCAUGUUAACUUUUGAUGGACAACUUUAUACCUGUGGUUGCGCAGAACAAGGCCAGCUCGGAAGGGUCUCUAACAGAUUUUCAUCAAGGGAAAGUAGGCAGGGUCUGUCUCAUUUGCUAUUACCUGGCCGAAUAUUAUUCAAUAAAAGAUCAAAAUAUGAUUUUAUUGAUCAUCAUACAAUGGCUUUGGAUGAAAAUGGAAAAGUUUACGUGUUAGGAAGAAAAGAUUAUGGGAGAUUAGGUUUGGGAAAAAAUUGUGAAGAUGCUAAAGAAUUGACAUUAGUUUCAACGCUUAGUAAUGAUGAGUGCACUGAUAUCGCAUGCGGUAGCUCUGUUUCAUUUGCUGUUACCAAAUCAGGCGCAUGUUAUGCUUGGGGCAUGGGUUCCAAUGGUCAAUUAGGAAUGGGAGAUGAUGAUAGUGACAUAUUCGAACCAAGUAAAAUCCUUGGAAAACAAUUAGAAGGUAAAAAUGUUCAUUUGGUUUCUGCAGGUGGACAACACACCGUGCUUUUAGUUCUUACAGCCGUUUCAAACGGUUCAACAUAG